UUGUAAAUGGAAUGGAAACUUUAGCUAGUGUAAAAACUUUAGCUAGCGUGACCCUUUGGGAGCCGGAAGUGCAGCUGAGGCUCGGACUCCUUCCCGUGCGAGAGUGCCUGUGAGCGCGCGUGGAGUACCUCGUCAGGCGUCGCCGCGCUGCUCCUCGUAGGAAGGGCCACUCUUCCCGCUCGCCACGGUGACCACCCGGCUCCAUUCCGCAGAGCUGCCCUGCUGGCGGCGAUUUCUUUAGCUGCUGACCCGGUGCGCACUCGAGGACAGAGAGGCGGCUCUGGUGGAGCGGGCCUUCCUCCCGCGGCGGCUUCCCGCCUUCCCUCCUAAGUCCUGUCCGGAGCCCGAGAAGGGCUUGCAACACCUCCGCUGCCCGCGCCCGCCGCGAGGCCGACCCGCCUUGGGAGGGACUCUGUGGGGCAGGAGGAGUCCGCGUGCGGCAGGCGUGGGCGCUGCUGGGCUCCAGCACUCUCUCCCGGCCCGGCCCGCGCCGUCUGUGAGCGGCUGCUGGUGGGAGUCGCAUCCCAGCGACGCCCGGAGGCCCCCAGAUGACCCCCGUGACGGAGCUGCCUGGGGUGCGAUGUGGGCGGCGGACGAGGUGGCCGCCCUGUGCUACGGCCACUACCACACGCGGCUGCCUCGGCGAGGGAAGCCGGCCGCGGGGGCGCGCGAGUGGACGCUACUGGCGGCUGUGCUGAAGGUGGAGCGCUGGGCUGAGCCGGGCGGCGGCGGGCCAGCGCUUAAGGAAGUUGUUGCCAUGGGAACUGGUACAAAAUGCAUUGGGCAGUCAGAAAUGAGGAAGACUGGAGACAUUGUCAAUGACAGUCAUGCCGAAGUGGUGGCCAAGAGGAGCUUCCAGAGGUACCUCCUUCACCAGCUGUGGCUGGCUGCUGUGUGCCAAGAGCCCAGCAUCUUCCACCCAGGAACCAAGGAAGGGAAGUGGAUUCUCAAACCACAUGUCAGCUUUAUUUUUUUCUGCAGCCACACGCCUUGUGGGGAUGCGUCAAUCAUCCCAGUGAGGGAAGCAGAAGCCCAGCCUUGCCAGCCUCUGAAGCCAACAAAGGCCCCUAAGAGGGGCUUUCACGGUGACUGUGGAAGGGAGACUGAAGGAAUGCUAGCUGUCCAUUCCCCCAAGAGACAGAAAGUGGCCGACAGCCAUUCAGCCCAUGGUGCUGAGCUCCCUGCCGAGGAUGGUGCUGGAGCCAGUGUGGUGGAUGUCCACCGGACUGGGGGCAAGUGUGUCCCCGGAGAGGCAGGGGACUCCCACCGGCCUGGUGGUGACUUCCACGCCGUGGGGCUUCUACAGGUCAAGCCAGGCUGUGGGGCCCAGACGGCCUCCAUGUCGUGCAGCGAUAAGCUGGCACGCUGGAACGUCCUUGGCUGCCAGGGUGCUCUCCUAAUGCAUCUUCUCCAGCAGCCCAUCUGCUUGUCAGCCGUGGUCGUGGGCCGUUGUCCCUACAGCAAGGAGGCCCUGCAGAGGGCCAUUGUUGCAAGGUGUUGGCCUGUCUUGGGUUUGCCAGACGGUUUCUGGGCUCAAGAGGUGGAAACCCUGCAGUCCCAGCUGCUCUUCGUCCACAGCCGCGAAGCAGUUGAGGCCAGCCAUGCUCUGGGUCAAGGGAAGGUGGUGCCGUGUGGUGCAGCUAUCAGCUGGAGUGCUGUUCCGGAGCACCCACUAGAUGUCAUUUCACGUGGCUUCAAGCAGGGGACAACCAAGAAAGCAUUUGGGAGUCCAAAGUCCAGGUCUUGGAUCUGCAAGGUGGAACUCUUCCAGGCAUUCCUGAAGCUGGUGAGAAGCAUCCCACAAGAGAAUCUGCCAGAAACUCUCAGAGCGAAGAGAUUACAGACUUACUGGGAAUACAAGGAAGCUGCUGCCAGUUACCAAGAAGCCUGGAAGGUCCUGCGCAGCCAGACCUUGAGCUCCUGGGUGAGGAAUAGUUGCAGUUACCUGCACUUCAUGUGAGAGUGGGCGGAGCUGUGCCGACACCUGGCUCAGGUCAGGAGCAAGACUGCCUUGCCUGGGAGGGUCACACAUUACUGGUCCUGCUGUGAGUAUCGGGCAAAGAGCUGCUGUGCCAGCAGCAACAGCUGUGGGUUUACUGGCAAGAUGACAACUUUCGGCUUUUGGAACGUCUCUUGACACCACCAAGGCUCAGAUACACGGCCACCCGUCACAUCUUCACCAAAUGGCUUGCCAAAACUCUAGGUGGCAAGUAUCUAGAGCUGUUUGGGGCCUUCUCCCAGGCAUUUUAAUCAUUUAACACUAUAACAUCUCAUUUUUAACAUUUUAAUAUUUUUGGCAUUUUAGUAUGCUAGUUUUUUAACAUUUUAGUAUUUUUGUGUGUUUGAAUUGUCUAAUAGGUGGUUUUAAUUGUAUAUUGAUGUCUUAUUCUGUUGUGAACCGCCCAGAGAGCUUCGGCUAUGGGGCGGUAUAGAAAUUUAAUAAAUAAAUAAAUAAAUAAAUAUGCAUGGCACAGCUAUUAACUCACGACUUCCAUUGUAGUUACACUAUCUUGCCACUCUCCAGAGUGAAAGUCUAGGAACAAUUUUUCUAUGUAUAAAUAAAAG